CCCGAAUACAUCACCACGUAGUCAAACAGUCAGGUAUCAUCAAAUUCCCACCACUAUAUAACACUUCCAUUCACCGUCAGCACCUAAUUUUCAUAUCUGCAUUUACGGACUACGAUACAUUCCCGAAACAAACAAACAUGUCGGACGCCAAAUACCAAGGGCCUCGACGUAUCGGGCAGUACCUCUACCUCAAGCCCUCGGCGCUCGAAGAAUACAAGAAGUGUCACGCAGAGGUAUGGCCAAAAGUUCUGGAGCAAAUAAAAGAUUCAAACAUCAAAGAUUAUUCAAUAUUCCUCUUCAUGCAACCUCGCCCCACGCUAUUUGCCAGUAUGAAAUACGUGGGGAACAACUUUGACGACGAUAUGAAGCGCAUGGCAGAUAAUUCGGUGGUGAGGGAGUGGUGGGCGAUGACUGAUGGGAUGCAGGAAUCACCCGUGGAAGGAGCAACGGGGAGUCAUGGUGGACCUGGGUGGUGGGGAGUUACGGAGGAGGUGUUCUAUAUGGAGUGAGGAUCAAGGUUUGAGUGUGAUGGACUUUGAUGGGAAACAUCAAACAUCAGAUUGAUUAGUAGUUGCUUGUAAAGCGCUGCUUCGAAAUUACGCCGUAUAUCCUUGGCAGUUGUCUUCUGGUACUGUGAUUCGUACAGUGACAGUAUCCGUUGCCAGACUUCCUUGAACAAUAGCGAGCAAAAAGUCUCUGGCUGUGUAAUACGAAACUCUAGUAUGGUGAGCUUGACCGAUUCCUUAGUACACUCGGUCACUGGUGCUCCGGCUUGGCAUCGGCUUUUGCUCAUGGGUAGAGGUUACUACUCCUAUAUCUACUCGUGUUCCAUGCAUGUACUGCAGCUCAAUAUACAAUGUGAUAAACUUUAUAUUUGGUGACAUUCACCUGCAUUGCAGCUUCAACGAAGACUUGCCAUUUUAUCUCUCUCUUCCAUCCUACUUGUCAUCGUUAGGCCCUCCGUACACCGCAACCGACGUCCUACCUCCAGUAACCGACGAGCAGCAGGCUCGUCGGCCCGGAUAUGCCAUAUCGGAUGUCGGCGCGACACUUCACAUCGUAACCAAGUAACCAAGCAUACCCACCAUUCCUUGCAUUGCCGUGGACGGCAAACAGACGGCUCAGAGCACCUGCAUCUAAAACCAACACGAGCUUGCUUGACAGGCUUCACCAGCGCCAAUAAACUCUUGUCGGUUCUUCGCACUAGACAGGCAGAAGCUGAGGAAGGAUUGCAUGUCACCCAUCCCCCCGCAUUGUCGAAGUCACAUUCAUAUUCCUUCAUGCCGGAAUACGCCAUCCUGGAACAU